AUGGUGAACCGCAAAACGCACCUCAAAACGCACCUCAAAACGCACCUCAAAACGCACCUCAAACCGCACCCCAGACUGCACCUCAAGCCGAUCCACCUCAAACCGGACCUCAAACCGGUCCUCAAACCGGUCCUCAAACCGGACCUCAAACCCCCCCGCACCCACCGCCGCAUCUCCUCCUGGGCAGAGGGCGGGGGAGCGGGGCCCACAGCAUACGUGCUGCGGCGGCCAUACAGGGAGCUGACGCGGCUGUACGAGGUGGGGGAGGAGGAGCUGGGCGUGGGGCAGUUUGGGGUGAUCCGCCUGUGUGUCAGCCGUGCGACGGGGGCUCUCUUAGCGUGCAAGACCAUCAGCAAGCAAAAAAUCGAGUCAGCAGAAGACGCGGAGGACGUGCGGAAGGAGGUAGCAAUGCUGCAGCAGGUGAAGGGGCAUCCGAGCAUCAUUGAAAUCCACGAGGCCAUAGAGGACCCCCGCCACAUCCACAUCGUCAUGGAGCUCGCUAGAGGGGGGGACCUUUUCGACCGAAUCAAGCAGCGCUGGAGCAAGGAGAAUGCGCGCAGGAGCCGCGACGGGAGCGCGGAGGGGAGAGUUGGGUUUUCGGAGGAGGCGGCGGCAGUGGUGCUGGUGAGAGUGGUGGAGGCAUUGCUGUACUGCCACUCGCAGGGGAUCGUGCACCGGGAUGUGAAGCCCGAGAAUAUUCUGCUCAUGGACCGCGAGGACGAUACGUGCGUCAAGUUGAUUGACUUUGGCGUCGCGGCGAGGUUCCAAGAAGGCACACCGCUCACGGAGUUUGUCGGCACGCCCUACUACAUCGCGCCAGAGGUUCUAGCAGGCUCCUACGGGCCAGAAGCUGACAUCUGGAGUGCCGGAAUCGUGCUCUACACUCUCCUCUGCGGCGCGCCGCCUUUCUUUGCCGACACCAACGAGGAGAUUUUUGAGGCGAUUCGGGAGAGGCCGUUGAAGUUCAAAGCUGCCCGGUGGAAGAAAAUCGGGGCGGGGGCGAAGGAGUUGCUCAAGGGCAUGCUGGAAAAAGAUCCUGCAAAGCGCAUGUCUGCUGUGGAUGUUCUUGGGCACGAAUGGAUACUAACCCAUUCCAAACAUACUUGA